UCCUGGUGACACACUGGUUGCUAAGGGCGCUGAUUACAACACACAGGAGCCGGAGAGGAGUGUGGCCGGGGCUAUCACAGCGAUCGCUCGUUCCUUGUAUCGCACACACAUACCGGGGAGGAUGAGCCGGGAAGUUCUGGCAGAGCUGCACUGGGCCGAUGGCCUGGCCAUCCCUGUGGCCAAUUCAGAGAACAGAUCUCUGGAGGAAGAGUUGCAAAGGAAACAGAAGGAGAGGCUGCAGUUGUCAAACCACUUAAAAGAAAUGGAUGACCGAAUACAAGCAAUGGCUGACCACCUAAGGAAUGUCAGGCAAGAACUCAACUAUACUCAGUCUCUUUGUAGGGCCCGAGAGAAAGAAAUUGAAAGUGAAGAACACUUUAAAACUCUCGCUGAAAGGGAAACGGGGCGUCUAAAGCAAGAAAUUCAACGUCUGGAAAACGAGCUGGUAUCCUUGAGGGAAAAGAAAAAUAAUCAAGAAAAUAACAUAUUCAAGGCCACUCAGAAACUGGAGAAACUGAAAUGUCAACUCAAGUGGAACCAAACGGAUCUGGAAGACUGGCUGAAGGAAUCUGCUCGUAAGGACGAAGAUUCUGUUGCCAUUCAGAAAUACUCUCAAAAAGAUGAAGGGAAAAUUAGGGAAUUAUCACUGCAAAUUGAAAGGAUGACUGUGGAAGCUAACCUGAAACGGAAACAUUUAGACAAUGAACUAACAGAGACCAUCACUUCGCAGAUUGAGCUGGACAAGACAGCUGAAGAUUUCCGCAAAGCACAUUCAGAAAGACAACAGCUGAUCCAGCAGUGGGAGGACACCAUCGAUCAGAUGCAGAAAAGGGACAGAGAAAUUGACCAAUAUGCACUGCUGUUAGCUCAGGUCAAGCAAGACUUACGAGACAGAGAAAGUACAAUCAAGGAGAAAAUCCAGUUCUUGAACAGUGAAAUCGAAAAUAACAAGGAAUUUGAGAAAAAGAUUGACAUUGUGGAAAGAAAAGCAGUCAGACUGAGACAGGACUAUCAAGAGCAAGAGGCUGCGCGCAACAAUCUGCAAGAUGAGCUGGAUACUCUGAAAGGGACUGUUGAUAGAACAGCCACUGAAUUAGAAGUAAUGAGAGUUCAAGUCAACAAUCUUAGGAAAGAAAUCAGAAAUAAAGAAGAAAGGUUGGAUCUGUCAAAAGGAUAUAAUAAAGGCCUGACUGAAAAGCUGAAGGUUGUCACUGAGUCUGCAAUGAGUGUAGAGGAAAGGGCACAGCGUAUGGAGGAGAUGCUGAAAGAACAAGAGAGAACGGUGAAGAAUCUUGAAGCUCAGCUAAAACAAAUAAGAGAGCAGCAUUUCAAGAAAUCGCAGGAGCUGCACGAAUACAAGACAAAAGAAAAACACAUGAUAUCAGAAAUUAGUGGAAGUCAGGUCUCGCUGAGAAACCUUAAUAGUCAACUGCAAAAACUUGACCUACAUGCUUUAAAGCAACAGGGGAUCAUUUACAAUCAGGAGUUCCAAAUUCAGCAGCUAGAGCGCAGGCUAUCGCGUUUAAAAGGUGAAGUCAACACAGAUGAGAAACACGCCUUGGAGACAAAAGUAUCCGCACUUACAAAAUCAUUAGAUGAACGCAAAGCCUCUCUUAAUAUUUUGAACACCCAACACAAAAAGCUUCAGGGUGAUGUACGGUACAUUAAAAGGGAGCUGGAAAAAACUGGCCAAGAGAAGGGAGAUCUGAUUAGUAAAAUGGAGGAACUUAAGCUGUUCAAUACCAUGUCUGAUAAAUCGCUGAAGAAGUUCCGAACAUCAAAACAGGAUUUCAUGGUUGAAGACAAUAUUCUGAAACUGGAAAUCAAGCGGUUAAAGGACAUGUUGUACAGUAAAGCAGAUGAUGUUUUCUCACUGGCGAAGCGAAGGUUGCAGUUACAAUCUGCAAUGAAGGAGCGGACACAAGAAAUUGCCGUGCACAAAGAAAUGCUGAAAUCUCAGAUCAAACUUGAAGAACAGGAGCGGCAAAGUAUAAGCUCUGCGCUCCAUGACAGAAUUGCAAAAGUUGAUAAGAUGAGAAAAAGAUUUGAAAUCAUUACUUUUGCAAUGAUGCCCCCAGAGGGAGAGGAGGAGAAAUCACAAGCUUAUUACAUAAUUAAGGCUGCACAAGAAAAGGAGGAGCUUCAGCGUUCCGGUGAUGAGCUGGAUGCCAAAAUCCGCAAGGCUGAAAAGGAAAUUCAUGCCCUGGAGAACACGCUGCAGGUCAUUAAUGGCUGUAACAGCUCCUACAGGAAAUCCUUCAAUAAAGUUACUGAAUCAAGUGAUGAGUAUGAAGAAAAACUUCAGCUAGAAGAACAGAAGAAAGCAGCUGAGGAAAAAUAUAGGUACAAGCGGAGGCAAAUCAAGGAGCUACAGGAAGAUAUGCAGAUUAUGAAAAACACUUUUGAUAGCAUGAUGAAAGAGGAAUCUUCGUACCAGGAGAAGGUGAAUGAAAUGCUUCCCAGCAUCACACAGCUUAACAAAGAGACUGACGAUCAAAAGAUCAAGUUGGAGAGAGUCACGAAACAGUGCUCCAAACUGGUGAAAGAAAUUCGUUUGGCCAAAAAAAGCAAAGGAGAAACCGAUCAUGAAAAAGAUAUUACUGUACGCGAUCUGCGAGAAUUCAACAGAUCUGUCAACAAGAUGCUGGCUCAAGCAAUGGAGCAAAAUCCUGAGCUGGCAGUGCCACUGCAGAUGUACUUUCAACAGUUUGGUUUAGAAAUUCCAUCUUCCUCAACUCCUGGAAGCUCACGUUCAGGUUCUUCCCGAAGUUCCAUUGCAUCUGUACGUUCAAGUUCUUCUAGAAUAUCAACCAGCUCAGGCCCCUCCUCACGUGUUAAAGUGGUUGAGCUUGGGAUACCUAUGGCGUCUCCUCCUUCAAGUGCAUCAUCUGCUCGCAGCUACAAGUCAUCCAGCAGGGGGAGCACUCACAGAAGCCAGAAAUAGUAAUUAAACAAUACAAAAAUUUGGUGCAACUGUGUUGUUUUGUAAUGGUAGCAGGGAUCAAUAAAUAUUCAGCACCUUUUUUCAGUU